AUGCCUUCUACUAUUGACGUUUGUGCUCGGCGGUUCGAUAAACUCUUGCCGCUGCUUUUGAAGCCUUGUUUUUCAACAUUUACAACAAGAUGAAACAAAAAUGCACCUGUUCAUUAUUUAUAAUGGUUUUAACAUUUAUUUCAAUAGCUGAUGCUGCUUCAGAUGCUGCGAAUAAGGGAGUUUAUAAGGUAGUAAAUUCUACAACAAAAGAGCCGUGUAUAAUAUUCCAAGCAGAUAUAUAUUUAUACCUAACUUAUCACACCAGUGACAGUGAGAAGGACGUGAUAGUUCAUGUGCCAACAUCCUCAACAGCGGACACUGGGGUGUCAUCAUGCAACGUUACGAUAACCACGUCUGGAAUGUCUGUUGAAUCUCAGUUACUGAGAGUAAACUUGGACCAUAUGAAUGGCUGGACAAUUGACUUUGCAUUCACCAAAGAUAAUCGAUUCAAAACGGAAAAAGAAAAACAAUUUGCACUGUAUCAAGUGAAUAUCACUGCAAACUUUGCAUCCGAUCCAACUGCAUUUCCCGAUUUCAAAUAUCCCACUCAACAGUACUAUCUUCAUGUGGAUCCCAACGAUUUGUCGGAUAUUGGAGGUUCUAUAUUUGCAAGUGUGGGGCAUUCAUAUUAUUGUCCAAGUGAGCAGAAAUAUGCAAUCAAUGACAAUGACAAUGAUAAGUAUGGACCAAUGGCCUACAUCAAAUUUAAAUUGACAACAAUUCAAGCGUUUAUGGAGGACACUGAUUCCUUUGGGCCAAAAGAAACUUGUCCAACUGAUCAAAGUACAUUGGAUUUGGUUCCAAUUAUUGUCGGAUCCGCACUCGCUGGACUCAUUGUGCUCACUUUGGUUGUUUAUUUGAUCUAUCGAAGCUUCUUACCAGAGGAGGUGCUCAAUUUGGUCAACCCAGAAGCUCAUUUUGACAGUGACACAGCUUCCAAUGACGAAAUAGACAAGACAUCUUCAAUUGAGCGAUUUUGAUUUUUAAUUUUCUUUUUUUAAAAAUUUUUCCACACUCUUGAUUUAAUAAAAUGAAGGAAUUGUCGAGC